AUGUCGAAUAGCAAUGUUGGUGAAACAGUAGUGCUUCCAGCAAUUGGUCAAAUUCAUUCUCGUCAUAUUAGUGUAGCAAAAUUAUUUGGUGUAAAAGCUGGUUCUCAAGCUUCUGCAUUAUCAUCAACAUCAUCGAAAAGUUCCAGUAACAAAGCAAAACCAAGACCAUGUCUGAUUUGGCGAACUUCGCCUUUUGUACAGGUUUUAGUCAUGUCUCGAUUCGAUGGUGUUGAUGUUACCGAUGUUAAUAAUCAUUUUAUGGAUCAUUUACCACGUGAUUAUGUUUUAAAACGACUUAUAGCUGUGCAUGAUAAAGAACCAUUAGGUAAUAGAAGGACAAUAAAGGCUGCGGGAAAAGAAACACCAUUAAUAACCAUUAACACAUAUUUGGUAUUAAUACCUACUAUGGAUGAAGAUACAAGUCCAUAUAAACAAUCUAAUGAAUGUUUUCCUACAGAAGAAUUACAAUACAUUUAUUCAAUUCUUCUUCAAAUUCAUAAUGAAGAAAAUGAAGAACAAAUGAGAAUGCUGCAACAAUCACAUCCUUUACCAGCAUACAAUAGUAAUGAUGAUGUUAACAAAGAUGAAGAUAGAUCUUCUUCAAACUCUUCUUUACCAAUACCAAGACGGCAAAUACAUUUUGUGGAAAUCGAUGUAAAUAAAAAUAAUUAUAUUAAACAAUGGUUAAAUGAUUGUGAGUAA